GCGGAUGAUCCAACACUCUCAUCCAAUUACCGACCGAGUUCUCUUCUUUGCGUGCUGUCUAAGGUUCUGGAACGAUGCAUCCACAAUCAUUUAUAUCAACACCUUGCACCGCUUAUCUACGAUAGGCAACACGGUUUCGUCAGGGGUAAAUCGACAACAACACAACUGUUGGAGGUAUACCAAGACAUCAUGGAAUCUGUUGUUAGUGGUGAAGAAGUUGAUGCCAUAUGCCUCGAUCUGUCAAAAGCUUUUGAGAAAGUACCACAUGAUUUGCUCUUGCAGAAACUUGAGAAUUCUGGGAUCAGUGGGUCUCUCCUAUCUUGGUAUAAAAGCUACCUCAGUGAUAGGCGACAACGAGUUGUUCUUCAUGGUGUCUGUUCUGACUGGCUUCCGGUUACGUCUGGUGUGCCCAUAGGCUCUAUACUUGGUCCGCUACUGUUUCUUGUUUAUUGCAACGACGUCCAAGAUUACAUUCAGGCUCAUGAAUAA